AUGGACGCCUCCGCCAUUGCCGUCAUUGUGGUUGCCAGCAUUUUGGGCGCGUUCUGCCGAGCAGCCACAGGUUUCGGCGGCUCCAUUCUCUUCAUCCUGGUGCACCUUGCCAGGUACAGCCUCGCGAAUCAGCUGCAUCUGGCUUCUGGCCUGGAGAGUGCUGUGUUGAUGGUGGUUCUUGGCACCGUCUUCGAGUUCAGCACCUCAACCGUGCUCUUUCUGGCCGUAGCCAGACGCAACCUUCUGCUCUUGUCCGUGCCUGGGCAGACUGGCGAGAACAAAUCCAUCCUGGAGAUGGUGAAGACUUUCCUGAAUUUGACAUUCGCUCUGGUCGCGCUCUUCAAGAUCACCAUGGAGUUCCGGGCCUAUGCGAAAGCCCGACGCGCAAACGAGGCAUUGCACAUCACGGAGGUGCUCGACGAGGACGUCGACACCGAACUCUGCAAAAAGAUGGGAAUACAGUUCAUCCUCGUGGGCUUCUCCUGCGGCUUUCUGAAUGGCCUCGUGGGUCUUCCAGGUCCGCUGAUGAUGGUGCACUUUGCGCAGGCGUUGUCCAAUAAGAAGAUGACGGCCAACACCUGCUACACGCUGACGCAAGCGUUUUUCAUGCUGACCACAGUGAUGCGCUUCAACACGACGCUUCUGCUGCGAUGCGUCAUCGCCUUGCUCCUCCUCUCCUCGCUGAUGGGCCUCGGGAUCCUCGAGAGCUCCGCCCUUGGUUUCUGGGCCCUCGGCCCCUUGGCGAAAAAGGGGGCGGAGCCUGGCGAGCCAGGUGUUACCUUGUUUUGGUUGCUGCUCACCGUGUCCGCCUCUUGCCACGCAUCAGAUCCAAGCUCCUGUGCAGACAUGUUUGGGUUCAGUUCUGUGAGGAUCCUUUGUGUUUUGGAUGCGGCAGUGCACAGACACCACGUGCGGGCACUCCAUACGGCGUGGGUGUCGCACGGGCCAUCUGGACUUGCGACACUUCUGCUGGUGCCAGUAGCUGCCGAUCUUGCAAGCAGUGUGCACAGAGAUCUACUUAGCCACUUUCCAAGCCGCCAUGAAAGCUACACGACCUCCGGAAUUCCGAGGCCCUGUGCAGUUGCCACGGAAGCGAAGCCACAAGUUUUAGCAAGAUUCCAGAUUUGUGACACAAGCGGAAGCUGA